CUCGGGCUGCAGCUCCCGGCGUGCCCCGCACUCGCCGCUCCCCGCCCCUCCUCCUCCCCCUCCUCCCUGAGCCGCCGAGCCCGAGCCCAGCCGCGCAGCCACAGCCGCGGGCACUAUGGAAACGGCACUGGCCGGAUGACUUUAAAGAAAAAAAAUAGCAGAAGCAUUAACUGAAAUCCAAGUGUUUUUUUAAGGCCUGCGGAGUUGACACAAUACAGAAGGCUUCUGGAGUUACAGUGAAUGAUGAAGUCAUCAAAGUUUUUAAUGAUAUGAAAGUAAGGAAAUCUUCUACACAAGAAGAGAUCAAAAAAAGAAAGAAAGCAGUUCUCUUCUGUUUAAGCGAUGACAAAAGACAAAUAAUUGUAGAGGAAGCAAAGCAGAUCUUGGUGGGUGACAUUGGUGAUACUGUAGAGGACCCCUACACAUCUUUUGUGAAGUUGCUACCUCUGAAUGAUUGCCGAUAUGCUUUGUACGAUGCCACAUACGAAACAAAAGAGUCUAAGAAAGAAGACCUAGUAUUUAUAUUCUGGGCUCCUGAAAGUGCACCUUUAAAAAGCAAGAUGAUUUAUGCUAGCUCUAAAGAUGCCAUUAAGAAGAAAUUUACAGGUAUUAAACAUGAGUGGCAAGUAAAUGGCUUGGAUGACAUAAAGGACCGUUCAACACUUGGAGAGAAAUUGGGAGGCAACGUAGUAGUUUCACUUGAAGGAAAACCCUUAUAAAAUGACAGUCAAGUGCCAUGUGGAUCUUAAGGAGCUUCCAUUUCUCCAGCUCAGUCAAUUGGAAUAGUAUUAGGUUUUUGUUUUUGUUUUUCCUCUUCCCACUGGGUCCUUCCAACACAAUGGAUGAAGGAAAUAUCGUUCAUGUAAGCAGCCUAUCAGUGAUUGCCAUUAGACUGUUCAAUGCUGUUACUUUGAUGUAGAACCCAAGGAAUGCCUUCCCCUGAAAUUAUAGCCAAAACAGCUGGUUACAUGCCUCCCUUGCAGCAAGCACUACACUGAAUGUGAUUGUCAAUGUGAAUAGCUUAGGGUACUGCAAAGGGUAAGCUAAUUGAAUGCCUUGAAAGUAUUAUCCACUGGUCAGAUGGUAAACUUUAUUCAGUAUUAUUUAUAGUUGCAUUUGAUUGCAGUUCUGUGAGGCUCCAGCAUUCAUACACCUCACCUGCCUUGGCAAGCCUGUUUUUGUGACAUGGCAGCACGGAUAUAACACUAUGCAUUGAAAGCACUUUUUUUUUGUAUUGAGUUUAACUUCCCACCUUCAAAAGGAAUGCCAAUUAAGUUGUGUUAACUGUGUCAUCAACUUACCCUAGUAAGUCAGUGUUCAUUCCUGUUACCUGCAUAUCUUCUGAAAAGAAGUAGCUGUUAUUAAUGCCUUUUUGUUUUCCAUUGAGUGUACACUACUGAAUAAGUGUAGGUAGGAGUUUUAUGUUUACCAUGUAAGUCUUGCAACACUAAAGAUACUUUAUCAGUCAUGAUGGCAAUUUCUGUAUAAAAGAGCCUUAAAUGGAACGUUGUUUUUGAAAUCAAACUCCCCACCCUCACAAAAAUGGCCACUUUGCAAUAAAAAUUGUGGCAUGUUACGGAA